AGUGUAGUAACACAACUCUGGGGUGUUACACAAUGACGACAAACCUAUAAAAGGAGGAAGAGGGAGAGACCGUACUCAGACAAUCACCAGACCACCAUGGAAAUAACACAUCUUUUAUCUCUUUCCGUUCUCAUCUUGUUAAGCAUUCAGACUGUAAAUUGCCUGAAAUGUUCAACCUGCAACGACACCAAAUGUGAUACUUAUAAACCGGUAACUUGCCCUGAAAUCCCCGGAGCUGCAUGCCAAACUGUUUCUUUCAAGAUGGGUGAUGGUAAACGUGUAUCAAAAGGUUGUUCCACACAUGAAUUGUGUGAAGUGAAACCUCCUAUUGUACCCCAGGGUGUUGAGUUUAAAACAGACUGCUGUGCUACAGAUCUCUGCAACUCCGCCAUUACCACUAAGAUGUCCCUGCUCCUUGCCGGCUUCUUGGUCCUGAUGUCUCUGUGUGUCUCCAGGUUUUGAUCCGGUCCUUGACGCUCUUCUGAGACCAACGACAUGGCUUGGCCAGCGUAUACUAUGCACGGCAUCUCGCUUACCGAGGGCACAUAUAUCAGCCAUUUAUAUUUGUAUUAUGGACGCCUUUGCUUAUGCAAUAAAGAAACUUCUAUUUGA